AUGUCGGAAUUUUUUUCAAGUCUUCCGGAGGACCUCCUCAUCACCGAUGUACUAGCACGCCUUCCGGCGAAAUCAGUAGGUCGAUUCAGGUGUGUUUCAAAACCAUGGCGUUCAUUGCUAUCGAGCUCGCAUUUCAUCAAAACACACCUAAAAUUCCACAUUUUUCACGACCCAGAAAAGCUUAUAUUCACAUCUCCGGCAUUUUGUAUUUUAGAUCCUGAUUCUCUUCAUGUCAUAACUUUGCCUGUUGAUGACAACAACAUGAGCAAAAGUAGUGAUCAGAGGAAAAAAGACAGUAAUGUUUCAAAGGAAGUUCAAUGUCCACAUACUAAAGUCACCUUUGAAACCACACCAAUGAGCAACCGGAAAUACCGGAUGAACAUUAGUAGAAUGAAUGAAGAGAGUGUUUCAAGUGAGGUUCCUUGUCCACUUGUACACAAUAGUUUCCGUAUGAAAAGUUCAUGUCAUGGUUUGGUUCUACUGGUGGAUAUUUACCGCGGAUACGAUCAUGUUAACGAUGACUACAAAAUUGUCGCGCUCUCUUAUGACGAGCCGGGUAGGGUUGAAACUUCUGUGAAUGUCUAUAGUGCAAAAAUGGAAAGUUGGAAGAGGUUAGAAGUUUCUUCUCUUGUUUUUGAUCAUGGUGGCCCACAUAUUGCGAAUGGAGUAUUUGUAAAUGGCCGCAUACAUUGUUUGGCCUGCCAUCCAGAAACUAGGGCUUACCCUGUUAUAGCCGCUUUCAAUUUGGCUCGCGAUGAAUUCGAGAGAGUACAACCGCCUACAGUUGUUCAUGAACAUACAACCCCGUCUAGCGAGCUUGAUGGAUCGACAAGGAAAAAGAUCAAGCUUGCUGUUCUUGGCGGGAGUCUCGCCGUGGCCGUUGAUUCAAACAAUGGUAUGAUGGAUAUUUGGGUGAUGAAAGAGUAUCCUCUGCAAGCAUCUUGGAUCAAACUCACCAGCAUCAAUUAUACUAGAUUUGGUCCCCAUUGGUCAUGUAAACCUAUGUGUCUUUUGAGGGAUGACGAGAUCGUUAUGAGAAGUAAUUGUGACACUUUGGUUGCAUACAAUUUCUCAAAUGGAGUUUGGAGAAAUAUAAAAGUUGAAGGCAUUCCUGAUCAAUUUGGAGAUGUAAUGACCCAUACAGACACUCUUCUUUCUCCUUAG